AUGGUUAAAGAGGACGAGGGCCCAGCUGGGCCCCAAAUUUAUUUUAUUUACUGCGGUUUUUCCUGCUGUAACCAUACGUGUGUGUGUGUGUGUGUGUGUGUGUGUGUUGUACAGGAGAUUUGUUGUACGUUGGUAAACUGUAACUGCGACAGUUUCAGACCGGGGAAACUGAAACGUCGUCAGUGUGAAAACUGCAGACACGGAUGGGUCGCUCACGCUCUCAGUAAGCUGAAGAUGCAGCUGUACGAUGGAGGUCAGGUGGAGAUCGUUCACUCCAACGUGGUGUUUGAUAUCUGCAGCCUGAUGCUCUACGGGACUCAGGCGGUUCCUGUCCGGCUCAAGAUCCUCCUGGAUCGUCUCUUCAGCGUCCUCAAGCAGGACGAGGUCAUCAAGAUCCUCAACGCCCUCGACUGGACCCUGCAAGACUAUAUACGGGGAUACGUACUGCAGGACGUGGCCGGAAAAGUGCUGGACCGCUGGGCCAUCAUGACCUUCGAAGAGGAAAUCGCAACCCUGCAGCAGUUCCUGCGAUUCGGAGAGACGAAAUCCAUCGUGGAGCUGAUGGCGCUGCAGGACAAAGAAGGCCAGUCGGUCAUCAUACCGACCAGCCACCGAGCCAACUCCGACAUCCGCAGCUUCAUCGAGAGCAGCACUCGCCGUCCGUCGCCCGUCCCGAGCUCGGAGCCUCCGAACAGCAGGAACGGCGGGCACCAUUUCGAGAGCCUGGUCAACAGCAUGGCGUUCAUGCUGCCCCUGCACAUGCUCAACUCCUGCACAGUCCCCGCACCGCUGCUCAGAUCCAGAGAGGACUCCCACCAGCAGGAGGCGCCAUCACGAGCGGAAGUUCUGGAUCAUCCCGGAGGUCCUGAUCACUCCGCUCACUUUGCCUCCGAGCCGGACCGCGACGAGAUCUCUGUCGAUCGUCACAGUGGCACUUUAGACUCUGAGGAAUUCUCCAUGAGCGACAACUAUUCCUCACCGUCAACCCCGUGUACGCCCUCGGUCAGCUCCGAUAUCGCCCAGGUGUCUCCCGAAUCGAAGGUCCGUUUGAGCGCAGGGAUGAAGAAGGGUCGCGUGUUCUGCAGCGCCUGCGAGAAAACCUUCUACGACAAAGGCACUCUGAAGAUCCACUACAAUGCUGUCCACCUUAAGAUCAAGCACAAAUGUACCAUCGAGGGCUGCAACAUGGUCUUCAGCUCUUUGAGGAGCCGCAACCGGCACAGCGCCAAUCCCAACCCGCGCCUGCACAUGCCCAUGAACAGGAACAACCGCGACAAGGACGUGCGCGAUGGGCUGAGCGGCGGGGACGAGGAGGAGAAACAGGAUCUAAACAGGUCCGUCUCGAGCUACAUGGCCAGCUCCGAGCCCAAGCUGCACAGCUCCUUCUCAAGCAUCAGCCACAGUGGGAUAGUCUUCCCAAACCUCAAGACCGUGCAACCGGUGCUGCCCUUCUACCGCAGCCUGGUGACUCCUGCCGAGCUGGCUAACACACCCGGGAAUCUGCCAUCCCUCCCCAUGCUGUCCUCCUCCUCCGUACCCGUUAACGUAGCCGAGAUGGAGAGCAGCUCCGAGCCUGUUCCGAAGAAGAAGUCUCGCAAAUCGAGCAUGCCGAUCAAGAUUGAGAAGGACGACCUAGAAGAGUGCAACGAGUCCGACAACGAGGACCCUUCCGCCAGCUUGGACCCUAGGAUGGACGGAGUCAUGAAGACGGAACGUGAUAACCACGGUGCUUUCCAAAGAUCCGGCAGUUCCGUCUGCACGGAAGAACCGCCACAAGAUGGACGGCCCACCAAGUCGCCGUCUCCCUUCGGCAACCCUGAGAGAGACUCACUGGACUUUAAGGACCAAACCAGCCUCGAGCAAACGACAUCGAGGAAAGCUCCCAGUGAGGCCGAGGUCUGUGCAGACAGCGACGGAGACCUGCAGAUAGUAUGCGUAGACGACGUCGAGCUCCUUCAUCACUGCGAGAGCUGCGAUCAGACUUUUAAAAACCUCUACAGCGCCAAGAUGCAUUACCGCAGCGUCCACUUGAAGGAAAUGCAUGUGUGCACCAUAGCCGGGUGCAACGCCGCCUUCCCAUCACGACGGAGCCGAGACAGGCACAGUGCAAACUUAAAUCUACAUAACAAGCUGUUGACCAAAGACUCCUACGUCCUCAGCCCAUCCUGCCGAGAUAUGGCCAGCAAUGCUCUCCCAGAGUUCCCUCCCAAAGACCCUCUGAGCCAGACGUCUGUGAUCUUCAAGGGGAACAACCGCAUGGGUCUGGUCUUCCCUAUGAGCAAAGCGGUGGAGAGCGUGGACGAUUCGGUGGAGGAUGAAGCCGUGCUGGACCUGAGCACCAGAGGAAGCGCUCACUCUUCCUCCUGGGACUCGGAAGCAGGCAGCGAAGAGGAGCUCCACCUAGAGGACAGCGAUGAGAACGAGAGCUGCGACGGGGCGACUUCUGCGCCGGUCGGCCUCGACCAGCAGGUCCACAGCUCGUCUUCGCCCAUCACCUGCCACGUCUGCCAGAAGGUUUACAGCAACAAGGGCACAUUCAGGGCGCACUACAAGACCGUGCACCUCCGGCUCCUGCACAAGUGCAAGGUCCCGGGCUGCGACACCACCUUCUCCUCGGUCAGGAGCCGCAAUCGACACAGCCAGAACCCCAACCUGCAUCGGAACCUUCCAGCCAACGCCCCCGUCAACCAGGAGUGA